AUGGAGGAGAUAGAGAACGAGAACAAAAUGCUCCGCAAUCAAAUGAAAGAACAUCAAGAAAGGGUAGACAAAAUACCGGGUGCACCAAAGCUUUUCACAAAAUGGGACGCCGGCCGGUUCGUGGAACAGCCGUACAGUGACGAGGCUGCACCAUACGCCAUACCCAAAACCUUCAAAAUACCGCCGUAUUUAAAAAUAUAUGACGGCACGAUGGACCCUGAGGAUCAUGUGACCCACUAUGUCACUGCAGUGAAAGGCAACGACCUCGCCAAAGAACAAGUGUCGUCCAUAUUGCUGAAAAAGUUUGGUGAGACCUUAACUGAGGGAGCGCUGACUUGGUACUCACAGUUACCUGCGUGUUCCAUAGAAACAUUCGAGGAGAUGGCAGACAAGUUCGUCACCACCCAUGCCUGGGCUAAGAAAGCAGAGCCGAGGGUAAAUGACAUAUUCGCCAUCAAGCAAUCGCCUGGCGAGGGACUCAGAGACUUCCUUGCCCGAUUCAACCAUGUAAGAAUGACCCUUCCAAAUAUAUCUGAAGGGAUGGCGGUAGCCGCUUUCCAAAAUGGGCUGAGUAGAAGUGGGUCGAGGGCGACCAGGAAGUUGCUAAGCCGUCUCAUGAAAUACCUUCCAACCACUUGGGACGAGAUACAUAACGCCUACUGUGCCGGGGUAAGAGCCGACGAAGACGACCUCAACGGACCUACCCAACGGUUGAACUCACUCCAGAUGGAGUCCAAGAAGGACCGAAAAAACAACAACAUGAGAGAUCUAGCAGGACCCCGACCCAAUCGGGAGAGACAUCAGCCUUACGUCAAAGCGCUCUCAUGCCGACUCCACGCCAUGACGAAGGCCCAUCCAGGCCACGAACAGGAACCCACCGAAGUGAGAGAGGUUGUAAACAUGCUCCACCAAGGGCACUUGAAAGAGCUGAUGAGCGAUCGGGGAAGAGCCAACUUCGCCCGAGGACGUGAACACCACCAGGGACCGUCCAAACCACCUUCCCCGACUCGAACCAUUCAAAUGAUCAUUAGAGGAGGCGACGACGCAUCAAUCAACAGCGUAAAGUUCACCACCACCCACAAACUCAAACGAUCGAUCACUCAUGAACGGUAUGAUGAACUCGAAGAGAGUAUCAUCUUCGAUAAGUCGGAUACCCACGGUUUGGUUUUCCCUCAUUGUGACGCUCUUGUCAUUACUUUACGCAUCUUAGACACUGUUGUCAAACGUAUUAUGGUUGAUGAUGGGAGCGACGCGUGUAUCAUCCACCCUCGAGUUCUCGCACAAAUGAGACUCGAGAAUAGGAUAGUGUCACGCUACAUCACACUGGCAGGUUUUAAUAAUGCAGUCGAGCGGACAUCCGGAGAAAUAACACUGCCCGUCCUGGCAGGCGGUGUCACUCUGGAGACCACAUUCCACAUCAUGGAUCAGGAUACGGCAUACAACGCCAUCAAGGUCGACCUUGGAUACACACCAUGA